AUGUCUUCUUCAGAUCAAAUACAGAGCAAUGACUCUAAUGUCAUUUCACCAAACGAAUACUUCAGGUCAAUCGGCCAACAAGUAGACCAAGUCGCCCCCGCCACCAACGGCGCAGGGCAGCAAGCCGACAACGACGAUGUGAAGCCAGUCGAGGAGAUCGAGUCGCUUUGCAUGAACUGUCACGAAAAUGGCGUUACCCGUCUCCUCCUCACCAAGAUCCCCUACUUCCGCGAAAUCAUACUCAUGUCCUUCUCCUGCGACCACUGCGGCUUCAAGAACAGCGAGAUACAAGCAGCCGGUUCAGUGCAGCCCAAAGGCACACAUUACGAGCUCCGCUUGACCGCCCUGCCCGACUUUGCCCGCCAGGUCGUCAAGUCCGACUCCGCGACCGUCAAGUUUAUCGAGCUCGACCUCGAGGUGCCUGCGGGCAAGGGCCAGCUCACCAACGUCGAGGGCCUGCUGACCAACAUCAUCGACGACCUCGAGUUCGGCCAGGAGACGCGCAAGGCACAGUCGCCCGAGGUCUACGAGAAGGUAGCCGAGAUCAUCGCCAAGGGCCGCGCCAUGGUGGCGGGUGAGGCGUUCCCCUUCCGGCUGUACGUCGACGACCCGGCCGGCAACAGCUGGAUCGCGCCGGACCUGCAGGACGGCGUGGGCAAGUGGUCGAAGCGCGAGUACACGCGCACGACGGAGCAGAACGAGGCGCUGGGGCUGUCGGACACGGCGGCCGCCUCCGGCGACGGCACGAUCCCGCUGCAGGGCCAGGGCCGGCUGGGCGACAACGACGAUAUCAUCCCGGACGAGGUGUACAGCUUCCCCGCGAGCUGUCCGGGCUGCAUGCACCCGUGCGUGACGCACAUGAAGAUGGUGGACAUCCCGCACUUUAAGCAGGUCGUGCUGAUGAGCACCGUGUGCGACGCGUGCGGCUACCGAAGCAACGACGUUAAGACGGGCGGCGAGGUGCCCCCCAAGGGAAAGCGCAUCACCCUCCGCGUCGCCGACUCCACCGACCUGGCCCGCGACAUCCUCAAGAGCGAGACCUGCGCCCUCGAGUGCCCCGAGCUCGAGCUCUCCGUCAACCCUGGCACGCUGGGCGGCCGCUUCACGACCGUCGAGGGCCUGCUGACGCAGGUGCGCGGCGACCUGCACAGCCAGAUCUUCGAGAGCGGCGCCGAGGGCGAGGGCGCGGCCGAGGGCGGCGACUCGCUCGCUUCCGAGGACAAGGCGCGGUGGACCCGCUUCUUCGACGGCCUCGACGCCGCCAUCAAGGGCGACCGCGAGUUCACGAUCAUCCUGGCCGACCCCCUGGCCGCAAGCUACGUGCAGAGCCUAGCGGACGACCCGAGCCAGCCUGACGCGCGCAUGACGAUCGAGGAGUACGACAGGACGCACGACGAGGAGGAGGAGCUGGGGCUGAAUGACAUGAAAGUGGAGGGGUACGAGGCGGACGGUGCUGAUAAGAAGGAGGGUGCUGAGGCGACGUCAUGA